AUGUACGUCUGUAUUGGGAAGGGUGGGUGUCGAGCAAGCCGUCGUCGCUCGCCCCAGUAUGAAGACAUGGUCCCUGUUUCACCAUCUAAAGUCAAACACAAGCGAGGGAAAGCAAAGGGAAGUUACAACGCGUCGCCAAUGAACGGAAAUCAUCCUCCGCUGGAAUAUUCGCCCAAACCUUGUAACUUUCAAGAAGAAUUCGCCUCAAAUGCCAGUGUUCUUUCACUGGAUGUAAAUGACAACUCAAAAAAUUCUCGGACGCCGUCGCCUUCUAAAUCUAACACUUUACCGCGACAUACUGCGAAAACACCACCUCAGAAACCUCCCCGCGGACUGCCACCGAAGCCGCCUCGGCUUAUGGAAAGAAAACUUUUCACUUGCGAAAACCCUUCGUGUCAAAAACAGGAAGAACUAUUAGGAAUCGUGGCGCUGGAUUUCAAAUCUUGUCCGUCGUGUUUCACACAUUAUUGUUGUAUUGAAUGUCGAAGAACUCACUGGAAGGAACAUCGUCUUGUCUGCCAUUAUGGACAAGUUAACAGCCAUAUGAAAUCCAUUGUUCAUAUGUGUAACGAAAAUUGUCUGUUACUGCAGUAUUUGAGCGAAAUCGCUCGAGAGGGAUUUGUAACAAAAGGACGUGGGGCUGUCAUGAUGAUUUUUCUGUCACCGAAAGCCGCAGAGCUCUUUGUGGAAAGCGGGGUGGACUAUUUUCGCAAUCCUAGAAAUAGACCGACUUUUUCGUCUGUUCAAGAACUAAAAGACUCCGGUGUUUCUUCAAAACACCAAAAACUUCUUCUUUUUCUUGUAAAUAAUUACUCCCCUGCUCAAGAAAUGGUCUUAAACAUCGCGGUGGUCAUUGGUAAAAACCUCCCCAAGACCCCAAUACCCCGCAACAAGGAACCUGCAGUCAUCACACAGAUAAGAAUUCCCUUUAAGGGCAAGAAACAUUCACGGACAUUCAGUCCUCAAAGAAGCCAAGAAUUUAACACGGUCUGUACGUAUAAUGUAAACGACAACGUGCGAAGAAAAUCGCUUUAA